CUUCUUUCUUCCCUCGUAAAUGUCAGUCAAAUUGACAGCCACAAAAGCAUACAAAUCGUAGAUGACAAUCUUAAUUAAUUAAAGUUCUAAUCUUAUAUCUUAAUCCCCCAAUUGGGAAAAAGCUUUAACCCAAUCGAACACAAAAAAUUUUCAGAAAGCGACCGCCUCCCAGAUGCAACAAGAUUCCUCCUUAGAUGAUUACUAAACUAGAGAUUCCUUUCCAAAUUGAAUCACCACCAAAUCAAUCCGCUAAAACCAUUCAAACUCACCUCCCCUGUAUGAGCAUCUUCCUCAAAUCUGCCGUCCUCCUAAUUCUUACCCUUCCUGAAGUCCUUCUACCCAGAAAAUAAGGCUGAUUGUGUGACCCCUUUCACUUGAAUUUUACCUAUAAAUCCAUCCACAUGACGCCAUUUGCUGUUAUGGGUUCAAUGUUUAGGUUAGAUCCCACCUCCUACUUCACUAUAAAAAACCCCAUUUGCAAUGCAUUUCUUGUGUCAUGAUUUGGGUGAUGUGGAUGGUAUGAGGGUCAGUUGUUGAUUAUUCAAGUAGCUGCUCUUACUGUUCGUGUUUCAAUGCGACAUGGGUUUAUUCAGCUGAGAAAUGACCUCCUAUUUGGGGAUAUUGCGGAUAUUCCGCCGUUGAAUCAGACCCUCUUGAACUAUGCUUCCAUUGAUCUCAGUGAUCCUGAGUUGAAGAGGGAAGUUGAGGCGUUGUUAGAUGGGAAUUUUGGGAACCAGGGUCGGCAAAGAUCGUUUCUCUCUGCUGGGAAAUACAGGGUUGAUUUGGCAGCUAAGUCGGCGAGGGGGUUGCCAAUUCAGCUUCGUUCACCGGAGUUUUACCAGGUUUGGUUGAGUUUUCGGAGGAUUUUACGUAGUUGGUUUCGAAAUAGAAGGUUCCAGUCAGAUACUAUGCUAGAUGUGGUUAAUUUAGUUCAAGGUUUUGUGGAUGAAAACACUGGUAAAAAGAUUAGGGCGGGUAGGAAGUAUAAGUCUUGUGCAGUUGUUGGGAAUAGUGGGAUUUUGUUGAAGAGUGAAUAUGGAGUACUAAUUGAUAGCCAUGAGGCGGUUAUUCGGUUGAAUAAUGCCAGGAUAUCAAGUUUUGAAGCCAAUGUGGGGAAGAAAACUACCAUAUCGUUCGUGAAUAGCCAUAUAUUACACUCUUGUGCUCGGAGGAUAGAUUGUUAUUGCCAUCCAUAUGGUGUCAAUGUACCUAUUAUCAUGUACAUCUGCCAGCCAGCACAUUUCUUUGAUUAUAUGGCUUGCAAUUCUUCUGAAAGGGCACCAUUGAUCGUGACAGAUUCACAUUUCGAUGUGCUGUGUGCGAGGAUCGUGAAGUACUAUUCUCUGAAAAGGUUUGCUGAGACAACUGGAAAGAAUCUUGAGCAGUGGUCGCCUCUCCAUGAAGGACUUCUGUUUCACUACUCUUCAGGAAUGCAAGCAGUGAUGCUUGCUGUCGGAGUUUGUGACAAAGUUAGUAUUUUCGGAUUCGGGAAAUCUACUGAUAUUAAGCAUCAUUACCAUACAAAUCAGAAAGGUGAGUUACCUUUGCAUGACUAUGAGGCAGAGUAUGAUCUAUAUCAUGAUCUGGUGAGAAGACCUAAAGCCAUACCAUUCAUCUCCGAGAAGUUCAAGUUCCCUCCUGUUGUUAUAUAUCAAUGACUUUAUUCACACUUUGAAAACAGUUAGCUUUGUAGGUUCACACUUUUACUUGGGUCUAUGGUUAGUCUGUUAAUGUUUUAAGAUAGGUACACGAGAUUUGAUAGAGGUGAAAAGGUCAAACAGAAGAAAUAGGCUGUGUCUGAAUGUCAGACACUGAUCACCCCCAAAUCGCUGGGGGGCGUUCGAAACUGUUCAGAUUACGAAAAUGAAAUUGUAUACUCAAUUUGUAUAGUUUGGAUUGUCUGCAAGCAGAUAUUGCAUCUUUUUUUUUUUCUUUUCCUGUUUUUGCUGGAUUACAGUGUCUUUUUUUUUGGAUUACAAUGAAAAUUGACAGCACAGACUGUCAUGAAUGCCUGAAUGCUGAUAGUGGA